AUGGCGUCGCAUCCGCAAAUGCUUUCCAAUGUGCAGCAAUCUUCAGAAAUGGAUUCACCAUGGGCGGGUCAAGACUACGGUGCUGUCCCAGUAUACAACAAUGGUAUGGUGGGCGAGGCCAAAGGAUCCGCCUACGGGGGCUUACUCAAGGGCUUUGGUGGCAUGAAUAAGAAGUUGACAAGAGAUGGACAGCCAGCAAAACGAAGGGGGCCGAAGCCGGACAGCAAACCAGCACAGACGCGGCGGCAGGAGCUAAAUCGUCAGGCUCAACGGACACAUCGAGAGAGAAAGGAGAAUUAUAUCAAAGCGCUGGAGAUGGAAUUGGCGCGGCUACGAGAAACGUAUCUUGUUGAGCAGAAUGCCCGCGAGGCCACCCUUAAACAGCAGCAACUCGUUAUCGAGAACCAAAGAAACGAAAACCUGGCCUUGCGAGAAAUCCUUAUGAAUCGAGGUAUCCAAUUCGAAAAUGAACUGGAGAACCGCAAAGCUGUGAUUGCCAUGCGGCCAAAACGAGAAGAGAAUUCCUUAAGUCCACCCAACCUGACUUUCAGUCCCCCGACUUCAAUGGCUGGACGCUCUGUUGUAGGCUAUGGAUCAGCGGGCCAACCAACACCGACCGUGUAUUCCCUGGGCGUGAACAAUGCUAUGAGCACAUCAGGCCACUCUCCCGGUACCACGCACCAUAGCCAUUCGCCUCAGGGCCCAGACAUCCAGGAGGUCUCGAUUAAGCAAGAACCUGGAGCUAUUUCGGAUAUGCCCGGCAUGUCGGAAAUGCUCGUACCUGGGAUCUUCGAGAAAGAGCCGCAACUAGGGAUUGAUUUCAUUCUUAAGCUUGAGCAAACCUGUCGGGAUCAUGGGGAAUACUUGGUGCGAAGAUCGAUGGAUUCGCCAAACAAUGACGAAGAAGCAGUUUUCUCCGGCCAUGCUCUGAUGGCGUCUUGCCCUCCACCGAGCCAUAUUCAGCAUACGCCUGCUGUUAAUGGUGGUCUGGACCCAACGUACGAGCACAAGGUUCCCGAUGCCGAGUCGGUGCAAAUAUUGAACAAUCUACUCAAUUUGAGUCAGAGUCUAAAAGGAAGCGCAAUCCCUAGUGGCCAGGUGACUCCGAUUAUGGCCUUACAGUCGCUCAAAGGUCACAGGAAUUAUGCCACCCUGACCCGAGAAGACGUCUUGGGCAUGAUUGAUUCUAUCAGGAGCAAAGUUCGUUGUUACGGGUUCGGUGCAGUGAUGGAGGAUUUUGAACUUCGCGAUGCUUUGUCGAGUAUAUUCGCAACCAAACCGGAAACUUACGAUCAAUUGGGCACCGACUACACAGCCGAGAUUGACGAAAUUGUGUUGCAACCACAAUAUGAUCAUUUUGACAGAGAUGGAAGAAUUUCAUUCUUCACAACUCUCCAACAACGAAAGCAAAGAUCUCACAGACUAUCACAAAUCUUUGCAAUCAUGCCUGGAAUCAGUCUUGCUGAUGUUAUCAGCAACCUCAAUGUCAACGACGAAUGGGGCCCAGAAAUCAGCUCAAGCACCACUCUCGAUGGCGUACCUUACGCUCCUUUCUCGAAAAGCGACAAGUUAGGUCGUAUGGCCGACUGGACACAGGAAGGCAAAGAGGGGCGCGACCGAUCUGGCAGACAAUAUGGUAGAAAUUUCAGAGAUCAACAAAUCUAUGGCGCAGGCACAUCUUCCCUCUUUGCUGUGCAGGUGGCCGAGGAUGAGUCUUCCUUCUCUGUUGUCGACAACACUCGAGCAGCAAACAAAACCCGGGGCUUUGGCAGAGGUGGUCUGGCAGUUUUCCGUGGGCGUGGCCAACGGGGAGCCGCCCAACGAGGUGGAAGAGGCACAUUCCAAAGAGCAGGACAAGGCCGGACGACAGGGCAACAGCAAGGACAGUAUUACGACAACAGAGGCGGACGUGGUGGACGUGGCCGCCGCUUCGGCUGGAGGGAUUAUGACAAGCCACAACGAAAUCGAGAUGCAUCAGUCAACAUCCGCCCAGACUGGGUGAUGAAGGAAGAAAUCGACUUCAACCGACUUGCCAAACUUAACCUCGAGACCGGGGACGGUGAGGAUCUUGAUGGUUACGGUUUCCUGUACUACUACGACCGGUCGUUUGACAAGCCACCUGUGAAGAACACCGAGCGCAAACUCCUGUCCCUCGAUCGUGCGGCGUACAACGUGACCACUUCCGCAGACCCAGUCAUCCAAGAGCUGGCCGAGAAAGACGAAGCGACGAUUUUCGCCACUUCAGAUAUCCUGUCUAUGCUCAUGUGUGCUACGCGCUCGGUUUACUCCUGGGAUAUUAUAGUGCUCAAGCACGGCGACAAGAUCUUCCUCGACAAGCGACCCGACAGCAGCAUCGACCUGGUCACAGUCAACGAGAACGCCGCCGAUGCACCUUUGGAAGCCGAGUCAACGACUGCGCAAACGGGCGUCAAGGCAGACAGCAUCAACACCCCCAGCAACCUCGCCAUGGAAGCCACUAUGAUCAACCACAACUUUGCGUUCCAGACUGUGCUCGAGAACCCAAACAACAAGGUGGAAUUCCCUCACCCUAACCCGUUCUACAGCUCCAACGACGAGACGGAUCCUUUGGCAUCCAAGGCAUACAAGUACCGCCGCUUCGACCUGUCGCUCGAGCGUGAUGAAGAACCUCUCAACCUGAUUGUCCGCACGGAACUCGACGCCGCGACCAAGAACAAUAUCUCAGGAGAAGAUCAAUUUCUUGUCAUCAAGGCGCUCAACGAGUUUGACCACAAGGCUCAGGGCGCUGGUGGCGCGCUUGACUGGCGUACCAAGCUGACGUCACAGCGCGGUGCCGUCGUUGCGACCGAGAUGAAGAACAACUCGUGCAAGCUCGCAAGAUGGACGACGCAGGCCAUUCUCGCCAAGGCUGACCAGAUGAAACUCGGAUUUGUGUCGCGGGUCAACCCCAAGUCGGCAGCGAACCACGUCAUUCUAGGGGUGGUGGGAUACAAGCCCAGAGAAUUUGCGGGCCAGAUGAACUUGGGUUUCAGCAACGGAUGGGGUAUCGUCCGUACCAUUGUCGACCUCGUCAGGAGCAUGGCCGAGGGUGAGGAUGGAGACAAGAAGUACGUUCUGAUCAAAGACCCCAACAAGCCUGUGAUCCGACUGUAUGAGGUCCCUCUCAACACGUUUGACGAAGAUGACGACGGGAUGACGGGUACCGUGGCCACGGAGGGCCCGGACGGUGGUAACGAGGAGUAG